AUGUUGGCAGCACGAAGACCCGCAGCCGCGCGGGCGCAUCUGCUGAGUCUGCCCACGGCAAUCCGGCAGCAAGUCCUCUCGCGGACCCUCGCAACCGCCAGCAAUGCCUCGAGCACGCCUGCUGCCUCUUCGGUCGAGUCGCGAACGCCUCCCUACUCCAAACUCCUCAAACGCCUGCACGAGGUCCGCCGCCUGUUGCCCAACCGCCAGCUCACCCUCGCCGAGAAGAUCCUCUUCUCCCACCUCGACAAUGCUGAGGAAUCGCUGCUCCAAGGCACGAACAAUGGCACCGAUAUCCGCAGCAAGGCCACGCUCAAGCUCAAGCCCGAUCGCGUGGCCAUGCAGGACGCCAGCGCGCAGAUGGCACUGCUCCAGUUCAUGAGCUGCGGCAUGCCGACAACUGCCGUGCCAGCGAGCAUCCACUGUGACCACAUGAUUGUGGGCGAGAAGGGAGCAGACAUCGACGUGCCGAACAGCAUCAAGGGCAACAAGGAGGUCUACGACUUCCUGGAAAGUGCAGGAAAGCGAUAUGGGAUUGAGUUCUGGCCUCCAGGAGCUGGUAUCAUCCAUCAAACUGUGCUGGAGAACUACUCCGCGCCUGGGUUGAUGAUGCUGGGAACAGACAGCCACACGCCGAACGCAGGAGGUCUGGGAGCCAUUGCUAUUGGUGUGGGCGGUGCUGAUGCUGUGGACGCGCUGGUCGACGCACCUUGGGAGUUGAAGGCUCCAAAGAUUCGCGGUGUUCGCUUAGAGGGCAAGCUGAGCGGAUGGGCAUCACCCAAGGAUGUUAUUCUCGCCCUUGCCGGCAAACUGACAGUACGAGGUGGAACUGGAUACAUCACAGAAUACUUUGGUCCUGGUGUGGAGUCGCUUUCAUGCACGGGCAUGGCGACGAUAUGCAAUAUGGGCGCCGAGGUGGGUGCAACCACUUCCAUCUUCCCUUACACACCCACUUCGCAUGGGCCGUAUCUGCAAGCCACACAUCGUGGUUCGAUCGCUGAGCAGGCGAACGCAAUCGCUGCUUCGCCAGGUGCCCACAAUCUCCUGGUCGCUGAUUCGAACUGCGAAUACGACGAAGUGGUAACAAUUAAUUUGUCUGAGCUGGAGCCUCACAUCAACGGACCUUUCACGCCAGAUCUCUCGACACCGCUGUCCAAGUUCAAGGAAGCCGUUAAAAUGAACAAGUGGCCAGACACCUUCGGCGCGGGACUCAUAGGUAGCUGCACAAAUAGUUCAUACGCAGACAUGACUAGGGCGGAAUCGCUUGUCCAGCAGGCUACUGCUGCUGGUCUGAAGCCAAAGGCGGACUUCUUCAUCUCUCCUGGAAGUGAGCAAAUUCGUGCUACGCUGGAACGAGACGGCACGCUGGAGACGCUUCAAGAAGGCGGAGGCCUCGUGCUUGCUAACGCUUGCGGCCCUUGCAUUGGUAUGUGGUCGCGAACAGACGGGGUUCAGAAAGGCGAGGACAACGCCAUCUUCACUUCCUACAACCGCAACUUUCCUGCACGAAACGAUGGCAACCGCAAGACGAUGAACUUCCUCGCAUCCCCCGAUCUCGUGACAGCUAUGUCUUACGCCGGUAGGACGGACUUCAAUCCAAUGACUGACAGCCUCAAAACGCCUUCCGGUGAAGAGUUCCGCUUUGAACCACCCAAGGGUACAGAGCUGCCAUCUCUCGGCUUCGCCGCAGGAAAUCCCAUGUUCCGCCCUACGGAGCCCGUCCCCAACCCCAACGUGUCCAUCGCAGUCGACCCGAACUCUAGUCGUCUUGAGUUGCUUGAGCCAUUCGAGCCAUUCCCAACAGGCGAAUUGUCUGGCCUGAAGGUGCUGGUCAAAGUCAAAGGACAAUGCACGACAGACACGAUCUCUGCUGCAGGUCCGUGGUUGAAGUACAAAGGCCACCUCACCAACAUUUCUGAGAACACGCUCAUUGGCGCAGUCAACGCAGAGACCGGAGAGGUUAACCAGGUCGCUGAUAUCGAUGGGUCCAAGCACACCAUUCCCGAUCUUGGCAAGAAAUGGAAAGCGCAAGGUCAACCAUGGCUCGUUGUCGCUGAGCACAAUUAUGGCGAAGGAUCUGCUCGUGAGCACGCUGCCCUCCAACCCCGUUUCCUCGGCGCUAGGAUCAUUCUUACGAAAUCUUUCGCGCGCAUUCACGAGACGAAUCUGAAGAAACAGGGUGUGAUUCCUCUCACUUUCGAGAACGAGGCCGAUUACGAUAAGAUGGCGGGAUGCGACGAGGUUGCAACCGAAGGACUGUACGAGAUGCUCCAGGGAGGCGACAACAACGUCAACCUGAUUGUGAAGAAGAAGGAUUCCGGCGAGACAUUCAAGGUGCCAGUCAAGCACACUUUCUCACCUGACCAAAAGUCAUUCAUCCUGGCCGGCUCAGCUUUGAAUCUACUUGCAAAGAAGAGCCAGCAAAAGUCAUGA